ACCAGGCAGAAAGUUCACACAUAUGCAAUGCCAAUCCUAGUAUUAUUAUCGUACCUAUGUGUUCUACUAUUGAUGUUCAUAUGGGGAUACAUCUUCAUAUAUAACAAGAAUAUAAUUCAACGAUAUUCCAAUUUCUUGCAUAUACCACGAUCCCAAAUCAAUGAAUAUUUAGACAGCAUCCUACACAAGAAGUAUGGGUUGAAUAUUAUACGAGUUAAUAUUGAAGAGAAUAGCGAGGAUGAUUCUGAUACCAAGCCAGCACAAUCACGAGGAGAAAGAGAAGGGGCGAAGAAUAUGAUAAUUGGUGUGUUAUUUAGUAUGACCCUUGCAUUAAGUAUAGGACUAGUAAUUUUAAUGAUGUGUGAAUUGGGAGAUUAUUUAGAAGUGGAAGUGAGGUUAACAUUAUUUAAAUUCACAAUUGAUACUUUAAUGCUUUUGCUUAUAUUUAUGUUGCCAUUUUGCAUCAUUAGUUUGUUCAUGGUUCAAGAGUUGGCAUCAUUCACUAGAUCAAAACGGAAAUCCGUGGUUGCGGUUGCAUUAUUUAUAAUCUGGUUUGUUAUAUUACAUAAAUGUGGUGAUUUAACUCAUCAAUUUAGUCCACGUGCAAGCAAGGAC